AUGAUGACGGGAUCAUUUCCGAUGAACGGUGGGUAUGGCACCUACAGCUACGCCAAGAACUCCCAAUAUCAGAGAGAAGCUUCAAACGUUGUGAAGGAAAUGAUCAACAAGGCAAUUACCGAGAAGUUUGAUGUAAAAAACAAGAUUGCUACUUCAAGAACAAUUCGUAUUGCGGACUUGGGAUGUUCAGUUGGACCAAAUACCUUUAUUGCUAUGCAAAAUGUGAUAGCAGUUGUGGAAAAGAAGUACUACUCCCAAGUCUUACCUUCGGAGAAGCUUGAAUUCCAAGUGUUUUUUAAUGAUCAUAUUUCCAAUGAUUUCAAUACCCUCUUCACCUCCCUCCCUGUUGAUAGGCAAUACUUUGUCACUGGAGUGCCAGGUUCUUUCUAUGAGUUGUUAUUUCCCUCGUCAUCUCUCCAUUUUGUGCACUCGGCUUAUGCACUUCACUGGCUCUCUAAGGUCCCAGAAAAAUUGCUAGACAAAAACUCUCCUGCAUGGAAUAAGGGAAAGAUUCACUAUAUAGGUGCCUCAGAUGAAGUAAGGAAUGCUUACGCAGCUCAAUUCGAAAAAGACAUGGAGAACUUUCUAAAUGCUAGAUCUAAAGAAAUAAUUGCUGGAGGAAUGAUGGUACUCAUUAUGGUAGGUCUCCUAGAUGAUUUUCAACCUUCUGAGACCUCAACUGGCGUGACAUUUAAUUUCCUUGAAUCCAGCCUCAUGGAUAUGGUGAAUGGGGGACUUAUCAAUGGAGCUCAAGUGGACUUGUUUAACUUUCCUAUAUAUGUUGCCUGUCCCAAGGAGAUGACUAUGCUGAUAUAA